UGUCACAGGUCAUACUGAAGUCACGUGAAGAGAGGUUGUGUUGAUGCUCGCGGAAUAGGGUUUAAACGUCACACAUAAACGUUUUAUUACUCGUCAAAAACAUCUGAAUUGUGAUUAACAUGGAUGAGGACGGGUUACCGAUUGUGGGCUCGGGGGUGGAUCUGACGAAGGUUCCUGCCAUCCAGCAAAGAAGAGUCGUCGCUUUCCUAAACCAGUUCAUUGUCCACACGGUUCGGUUCCUCAACCGGUUUUCCACUGUUUGUGAGGAGAAACUUGCAACAGUAUCAUUACGGAUCCAGCAGAUUGAGACAACUCUCAGCAUAUUGGAAGCAAAGCUGUCCUCAAUCCCAGGCCUGGAGGAUGUGACGGUGGAUGGAGUGAGUCAGAGGCCUUCCACUCAGACUAACGGGCCAGCAGUGGGAUCCAAUGGUACUGCCGCUCCAACUGGUCCUUCUCCUUCUUCUGAGGAUCCUAGACAAGGGCAGGAGAACCCUCAGGAGCACAAAGGAGAGGCAGUGGCAGAAAAUGUGAUGACUGUAGCCAAAGACCCACGAUAUACCAGAUAUCUUAAAAUGGUGCAAGUGGGUGUUCCAGUCAUGGCAAUAAAAAACAAGAUGAUCCUUGAGGGUUUGGACCCCAGUCUUUUAGAUUCACCAGAUGCCCCAGUUCCAGACGGUGACAAGAAGGUAAUGGAAGAACAAGAUGAUGACAGUUCAGGCAGCGAAUCAUCUUUCAGCGACUGAUUAGUUCUGGGGCUGCAGCAAGUUAUGAACUUUACACUGUGAUUAACCCUGUUCAGCUCUACACAGUGCAGUACAUGCUGUGCUGUAGAUGGACAAGGAAAUGUCAGUUGGACUAGUAAGUGCCACUAAUAGCAUAUGAGUGGCUUAUAUGUGCCUUAGAUGUGGCUGAGGCAGAUCUGCAGAAGAAGGAGUUACAAAAUGGUCAGCAUUAGAGGAGUUAACACCCUUUGGAAUGACAAUUGGACUAACUGCCUAUAAUGGUUCACAUGCUUUUCUCAUUAAUGUAGAUAUUUUACUUAUAGUUGUAUAUUUCAUCUUAUGUGAAAGAAAAUGUAGAUUAAUGAUUUGGGGUUUAGCUGAUUGAUCCGGGUGACCAGCAGAAACGUAUGGUAAUAUUCAGAAGUUUAAAUCUGACGUAUUCUUGUUAAAUACAAAGUCAGUAUGAUCACUUUUUGUUGAUGUUGAUAGGCUGCUUUUGCUGGUUUUCAGAUACAGUGCUGGGUAACAUCAGAGACCAACCUUUUGUUUAUUUCCUGUCAGAACAGCCAUUAAGUAGAAGUUAUUUUUUCAGUGUAAGAACAAAAGCACAAAACAUAUAUUUAACAGAAAAUGAAAAAAGAAAAGCUUAAUAUAUACUUAAGUAUAUCAAAUCUAUCAGUAUGAAGCUGAAACUUGGACUCUUUUUUUUGUGUGUUAACCCACUGCCACUUUAACUCUUUCAUCCUUCGAUCUUAAAACCAACCAGUUACAGCUCUGUCCUCCCAACAAAAAGUUCAGGAGUCACUGACACUAUGUUCUAUAUGAUUUAAAGAUAUAGAAAAAUGGGACUUCUAACAACCAUGCAAGAGCUGGACGACCACCAAAACUGUCACCAUCAGAUAAACAGUACUUAGAGCUUUCAUCUUUGAGAAAAUCAAGCUCCAGUCUUGCUUCAGAGGUGUAUCUGUCCAUCUUUCACAGAAGACAACACAACACUGAAAGGAUGUGUAGCUGUCAAGAAGCUCUUACUAAGAAAAGAAAAUAUUAAAAAUAGUAAAUUGAAGAAGUUAAAUAUUAGGAAAUUGGCCCUGGAACCAUGUGGAGUAAUGUUUUGUGGACUGUUGGAGUAAAUUUGAAUUGCGAUUAAUUCUAUAGUGAGAAGCUGAAAAUGCGACCAACUUCUAAGAAUGAACUCUGCAGAUUUGGAAAAAAAAACUGAAAGUAACUCUUCUGAAAA